AUGGAUCUGGAACCCAGGUCUGGGCCGGCCGCCGGUGACAAGAGCCGAGUGAGCUUGGUCAUCGUGUGGUUCCUGUUUCUGGCCGCGGUCCUGAGUGUCUGCGCUCGCCUGGGAACAAAAUAUGCCAUGGCUAAGAGACUGGCCUCGGAUGAUGCCCUCAUCAUUAUUGCUCAGGUCACAUCUCUUGCCCAGUGCAUCGCCAUAUCAUUCGCCGCAACAUCAGGGCUUGGGACGUCUUUGGGUGAUCUGGCUCCAAGCCAAAUUGAUGGCUUUCUGAAGGCUGAAUACGCCAGCACGCCAUUCCUCCUUCUGACGCUCGCUUUAGUCAAAUGGUCGAUUUGCGUGUUCAUCAACCACCUGAGCCCGACCGCUGUCAACCGCCAUGUAGACAUGGCUUUCCGUUCAACCAUAGGCCUAUGGUUCGUGUCUGGCACGGCCGUCUCUAUAUUUCAGUGCUCAAUACCAAGACCCUGGGACUACGUCGAUCGCACCGGCUGCACUGAUCGGCGAGCUUGGUGGACUUAUGUCAGCGUACUGAACAUGGUCACUGAGUUUGGAUUUGUUUUCUUGUACGUGUGGAUCAUCGGCAAGCUCCACAUAUCGGCCCUGAAAAAGACCACGGUUCUUCUGGUUUUCUUGACCAGGCUAUUGUAA